CCAAUCAGCAGCCUCGUGGGGGACCACGUGAGGCGUUGCCAGGCUACGGGACGCCGCGUAGCCCGGCGGAGCCAUGGCCGCCCGCAGCGGGAAGGAGCCGCCGAACGCGGUGCAGCUGAACCAGCUCAUGUGCGAGCGGGUGCGGAAGGAGCUGCGGUGCCAGAAGCUGCACACGGAAUACGGCGUGAACCCGCUCCAACGCGUUCACGCAAUUGCCAAGAAGCCCAUGUCUUGGCAUGAUAAUAUAGAAGAGCCAGCAGAUGCCAAGUUUCUGAGCGUUAUUCACGAUGCAGCACUGGAGCCAACAAAAAAGUAUUCAGAGCCACAAACUGAAAGCCAAGAAAUUGGCUGGAACACGACACCUUUGAUUCAGAUGGACCGUACUGAUUGCAGACUCUUCUUCCCACGUCGGAAAACCGAGGUCACUAAACUAAAUUGCAGCUAUGGGAAACGGGGAGGAACAGUCUGAGAACCUGCAGUAGUAGAGUGGCAAAGCCACACAGCUUAGAAGAAGCUAACGACAACUGUUGGGCCUUGCUUGUUACUGGGUGAGUCUGGUAGAUUUCAGACAAGAGAUGGUAUCUAGAAAAGGGAAGAGAGAAUCUCAGUCUGUCCAGAUUUUCAGCCUGACAAUAGCUACAGAAAUAAACCUAUUGAUAACA